AUGACGUCCGCCGCGGACGAAAACCACUCUUCCCAGCCUCGACUCGUAGGCACCACAGCAGACCUCUACCAAGGCAGCAUAACCGAAACAGCCCUCAAGGAAGCUACACUUCUGAGCGAAUAUCCUGAAGCAGGCCUGAGCCCGACAAAGAGGUCCGGAACCCAGAAUGAAUGCAACUACUUCAAAAGCGCUCAAUGGUCCCCGGAUGGCACCACCAUCCUCACCUCCUCUGCAGACAACACCCUCCGUUCUUUCGUCCUGCCAGCGGACCUGCUCACUCCCCCCCACCCGCAAAAGCUCCGGCCUUACGCUCUCCAUCAAUCCCCAGAGCCCUUGUACGCAGCCACAUUCCACCCAUCCUACAGCCUCCAAGAACCAUCCACGUGCCUGACCCUCGCCUCCCCGCGCGCUCUGCCAAUCAGACUCUUCUCUCCUUUCACUGCGGACAGAAUAUUGGCAUCAUACCCACUAGUCAGUCCGACGACGGAAGCGUGGAUAGCGCCGCAUUCGCUCCUCUUCAGUCCCCAGGAAGCGAGUACCUUCUUUGCAGGAAGCGAGAGCUGUGUGAGCGUGUUUGAUGUGAACAGGGCCGGGGGUGCACCUGUGACGAGGAUGCACACCACGCCGAGCCGGCGGGGUGGGGCAGCUGGCCGAGGCCAAGGCAUGAAGGGAAUAGUGUCCGCGUUGGGCAUGAGUUCCGAGGGGAUGUUAGCAGCGGGGACAUAUUCGAGAUGGGUGGGUCUGUACGAUGGGUUCGGAAGGGGUGGGGACGCCGGCGUCUUCUCUGCCGGUGCCGAGGAUGGGGUCGAGCGAGCUGGUGGGAUCACGCAAGUGAUUUGGAGCGUGUGUGGGCGCUACCUCUGCGUCGUGGAGAGGGCCAGUGACGGGGUCGGAAUAUGGGAUAUCAGGGGCGCGGGAAAGAGGCUGGCUUGGCUGCGAGGCAGAAAUGCAAGGACGCAACAGCGGCUCAGCGUCGAGGUAAUGGGAGGAGAGGUGUGGGCCGGAGCCUUAGAUGGAGCGGUGAGGGUUUGGGAGGGGCUGGGUAUGGCGGAAGGGGUGAGGGAUCCGAGCUGGGAGUUCAAGGCUCAUGAAGACACUGUUUCGUCGACUACCCUGCAUCCAUCUGGGUCUGUCCUGGCGACUUGUUCUGGCCAGCGGCAUUCAUUUCCUUCAACUCGCGCAGUCGAGGACUUCUCGGACAUCGAAUUCGACAGUGACUCCUCAUCUCCACGUUCCUCGAGUUCGGCAAGUUCACCAUCAUCAAUGAGUGCAUCCUCGCAAAGACCACCUCAGGCGACGGACAAUAGCUUGAAUCUUUGGGCAUUAUGA